AUGGAUGCCGAUCCUCCUCUCAAGCUAGAAGAGAACGUGAUCCUCGGUCACGAUACUGCCAUACCUGUUCCAGGCUAUCCCACUGUCACACUUGCUGAAUCGGACGAGGCGACCCUUUUCCUAAAGCGGGAGUUGUCGACUGAAGGGUUGAACCAACUGCAUAGGCUCUUCUUCCUCGUGUCUCGGCCCCGCAACAUCAGCACCCUGCGCCAUCAGAUUGUGAAGGGCCGAGACAUUUGCAUUUCUGAGUUCCCAGACCACCACCUCGUCUGGCACCACAAACGCGUUUUUAUUAAGCCCUUGCCAAAGUUCCUCCUCAGCCAUGACUUCUGGGCUGCGCACCUCAGGCCUGAUUUGGAGGCGGAGCACCAGUUCCGACUCGAAGCUUUGGGAUUCCUUCGGACUUACUCGGCGCUAAUUCUGCACGAGUCCGACUUCGAUUUGGCCUUGCAGUUAAGGCUGAUUCCACAGACCUUCACAUGGGAGACCUGGUGCGUCUUCAUCGCAGCGUUCAGAAACAUGAGCGACAAGGCUGUGGCCAAGCGGUAUCAGUAUGGGGAGAUUCGCCUGACACGUCUCAAUUUCUGGCACAGUCUUUUUCUCGGUACAAGUUUUCUUGAGAUCAAUGGUCACUACGACCAAUAUUUUGCAGGCAUUGGCGGACCUAUGUUGUUCACUCUUGCUGCCAUCACUGUGAUUUUAGGUGCAAUGCAAGUUGGGUUGGAGACGGAUGGCCACUAUUACCGAACACUAGGUACAACCGUGGUUCCUUUGGUAGUUGUGGUAACUGUAGUGUCUUUAGCCUUCUUCCCGUUGCUGUACAUGUUUUUCUUGCUUCGAGAGCUGUACUUCUUCGUCUUUCACUUCCGAAAGCUGGAGUAG